CCACCCUGGUGUUUUGAGGACUGAAUGCCCUGCGAUCCCCACCGAAUGGAGAAGGACGCUAGAAGUUACAGGACUGGCCCCCGACCGCUCAGCCAGAAACAGGCUUUGAACCUUGCUGAACUCCAGUGGCACAGGCUACGCGACGCUUGCGUCUCCCCGGAAGGACCGCUCCUCUCUGGUAAGACGGACACCCAGCCUCGGACCACAUCACAGACGCCCAGGGCCCCAGCCACAGCUGGGAUCACUCAGCUGUGUAAUGUCUCCACUUCCCGGCCGGGCCAGAGCUUUUCCAUGCUGCCAGGACUUUCAAGAAAACAGCUGUCUGGCUGCCGGGGCUGCAUGUCGCUGUGGGCCGCAGAAGCAGACACAGGGCUCAGUGCGCUAAGGCGAGGGUUUCGUCCCAGGACGGGUGGCACCAGGCACAGGCAGUCCUGGCCAGGCAGCAGCUCCACUGGAACAGCAACCUCACCCACUCCUGUCCUCUUGACUGCAAGACAGUGGCUCCACCGCCAAGGUCACGAGGCGUACCAGGCCGGGGGGAGAGCAGUGCACAGUACAGCUGAGGGAAAGGCUUUUCCAGAAGCCGCCGAACUGACCUGCACGUCUCACUGGCAGCGCUGGACACAUGGCCCUGCCAGCCACAGAGAAGGUCAUUUCUCAGCGGCACCCUUGUGCACUGGACAGAGCUGGAGCUCUGUAGGAAGGGAGCAUGGAGCUGGGGCUGGCACAUUUGCACCUCAGGAACUUUGCACUCUGUAA